AUGGCUACGCCCCCUGGCUCUACAGGCGAAUUCGGUAACAGCGAAUGGGCGGCAGGCUACUCCAACGAGGACACUCCUCUGGAGGUCGGUUCCGGUGAGGGCUGGUCCCUCCUCCAGAAGGGCAUGUUCCUUGGCGUUGUUGUUGCCGCGAUCGCCAUUUACCUCAAGAUCAGCAAGUCGCGUGCCUUGAGGAACAGUGUCGGCCACGAGAAGACGAUGGCAUAA